AUACGUUAACACAAAAAGAUCGGAGUUAGUGAAGUGCACGUAGCCUAGCUGUGUGGCGUCCUGAGUUCCCCUUCGGUGUGGGGAUUGAUUAAAUAAUUUAUCCGCUGUGAUAUAUCAUAAGCGACAUUUUGGAGGGGAACAACGCGUGUCUGUCCCAUAUCGGUAGCUGCCAUUCGGCCGGAGGAGGAGGAGGGAACUCGGUGUUAACGGACAUCACACCGCGUUGGCACGGAAAGAGGGGAGACUGCUGAAAAUUUAAUCCCCUCGACUAUUUUUGUGGCAAAUUUUGUGCGCCCCGUUCCUCGGAUGAUAAACGUAUAUGUUGAGGUGGGGGCUGAUAUACAAAAUAAAGGAGAGGAGCUCUCUUUUUUGUGUCCCUUUUCCGCUGCUGCUGCUGCUGCCCCCCUCCCUCCCUCCGCACACACCGGCCCGGGCCAGCCGAGGACUCCCAAAUCCUACCGGGCAUCGAGGCUGGCACACGGCGGGGCACCGAGAGCUCCCUGCCCGCUCUGACUGCCUUGCUGCCCCGCUAGUGGCGGGUUGUAUUCUCUCCCGAGGCGUCCACCGGCGAGACAUCGGCUCUGCUAGACUUUCAUACCCUGUGGUGCUGGGCAGAGCGUUAUGGCUCAGACGCUGCAGAUGGCGAUCCCUAACUUUGGCAACAACGUCCUGGAGUGUCUGAACGAACAGCGGCUGCAGGGCCUCUACUGUGAUGUCUCCGUGGUCGUCAAGGGACACGCCUUCAAGGCCCACCGUGCGGUGCUGGCAGCCAGCAGCUCAUACUUUCGGGAUCUGUUCAACGCCGGGGGGAAGAGCUCGGUCGUGGAGCUUCCCCCGGCCGUACAGCCACAGAGCUUCCAGCAGAUCCUGGCCUUCUGCUACACAGGACGCCUCAGCAUGAACGUCGGAGACCAGUUCCUGCUCAUGUACACCGCCGGCUUCCUCCAGAUCCAACAGAUCAUGGAGAAAGGCACAGAGUUUUUCCUCAAGGUCUCAUCUCCAAGCUGUGACUCCCAGGGUCUCCACACCGAGGAGACCGAGCCUCAGAGCCCCGUCACUCAAACGGCGGGAGGGGGCGGAGCCGGUGUCGUUCCCACAGCUUCAGGAAGGCCCGCCUCCUGUCUGACGCCUCUUCCCCUGGUGUCCAAGGUAAAGACGGAACAGACGGCCACCACGCCUCAACCGACCCCACAGCCGCAACAGCAGGAAGGGUCUCCCUACUCAGUGGUCUGCACCCCCGUGGCCAAACGGCUGUGGGAGGGGAGCAACCGUGAUGGGGGAGGGGGGUCUGGAGGGGGCGGGGGAGGCGGGAUGAGGAAGGCCGCACGCUACUCUUCCUCCUCUUCUUCGUCCUUAUCCUCCAACACUGUUGCCCAGGAUGCCUCUGGGCGCGGACCUGUGGCCAAUGCCGCCAUGAUGGGCGGCGGCGGCGGUACUGGUGGCGGCGGUGGCGGCGCCACUUCGGCAGGAGGAGUCGGACUCAACAGUAACCAGAACAACAAUAACAACAACGGCGGGACGCCUGAGGGCACUAGCCCAGGCACACUCAGCAUGUACACCAGCGACUCGCCCAUCAGUUACCACGACGAUGAGGAAGAGGACGACAUAGCGGAUGAGAGCGCCGAAGAGCAGUACAGACAAAUCUGCAACAUGUACACCAUGUACAGCAUGCUGAACGCCGGCGCUGCAGUGGUGGGGGAGCGGGUGGAGGCUCUGCCAGACUUGGCUCCAGACUCAGGCGGCGGACGGGGGGGCCGGGGUGGACGCUCCCGGCAGGACCUGGCGUCGCUGCCCGCUGAGCUCAUCAGCCAGAUCGGAAACCGCUGCCACCCGAAGCUCUACGAAGAGGGCGACCCGGCCGAGAAACUGGAGCUGGUGAGCGGUACCUCCGUGUUCAUCUCCCGCGCCCAGCUCAUGAACUGCCACGUAAGCGCCGGCACCCGCCACAAAGUGCUGCUCAGACGCCUGCUGGCCGCAUUCUUUGACAGGAGCACUCUGGCUAACAGCUGUGGAACUGGCAUCCGCUCUUCAACCAACGACCCCAGUCGUAAACCCCUGGACAACAGAGUGCUGCACGCUGUCAAAUUCUACUGCCAGAACUUUGCACCGAGCUUCAAAGAGAGCGAGAUGAACGCCAUCGCGGCUGACAUGUGCACCAACGCCCGCCGCGUCGUCCGCAAGAGCUGGAUCCCCAAGCUUAAACUGCUCAUGGCCGACAGCGACGCCUACUCCGCCUUCCUCGCCGACAGCGUGAAGAUGGAGGCCGACGCCCUUGGGGCGGAGCAAGGCUUCGACCCCGCCUCCCUGGAAGCCGUGGCCGCGGCGGCGGCGGCUGCCACCAACCAUAAUGAAGCGGGAGGCGGAGCUACGCCGGCGGACACCCUCCAAGGGGCGGGAGGAGACGGCAGCACUUUGUUUUGAGUGAGUUGAACGGACCGAUAGAUGAAUGGACAGAUGGACUUUGCGGCUGGAGGGAGGGAUGGCG